AUGCGCAGAGCAGCAGGGAACACGCGCUUCCCUGGGGUGAUGGGUUACGCAGCAGCGGUUGGCAGGGGUGGGGCUGUUGCCAGGACCCGGGCGAGCCGCAGGCACCGAGGUGCUGUUGGAACCCAGAGGCACUUCACCGCUGGAGCGGCUGCCGGCCUGCGCUGGGAAUCGGGAGCAGACAACGAGCUCUGCGCCUUGCUGGGAGCACUGGUGGAAGGUUUCCACACCAACGGGCACACGUGGCUUCCUGCGGGACUCCUGCUCGCUGGCAGCCGGGCUGUGCCCAUGGGGCCCAUCAGAGGCAGGUGCCGGUCAUCCCCCUCCAUUCCAGGCCUGCUGCUCUACAUCUUGGCUCUGCACUUCUGCGCCCAGGACCUUCUUGUCACGGCAGAGCACAAUGCAGUCACCAGCGCCUCGGUGGGUGCCGCAAACAGCUUAGUGGCCACCCACAACUCUUUGGUGGCCGUCCACAACACCUCGAUGAACACCACCACCAAAACCUCGAUGGGCACCAACAACGCCACCGUGAGCUCCACCACCACCAACUUGGUGGCUGCUGCCAACAACACCUCAGUGGGCACCCAAAAUUCCUCGGUGGGUGCCCACAGCUCGUUGGUGGGCACCCACAACACCUCAGUGGGUGCCCACAAUGCCUCAGUGGGUGCCCACAAUGCUUCAGUUGGCACCAGGAAUGCCUUGUUGGGUGUCCACAGCACCUUCUUGGGUGUCCACAAUGCUUCAGUUGGUACCAAGACUGCCUCGUUGGGUGCCCAAAGCACCACAGUCAGUGUCCACAGUGCUUUGGUCACUGCCAAUCUCGCCUCAGUGGGCACUCACAGCACCUCAGUGGGUACCCAUAAUGCUUCGGUUGGCACCAACAACGUCUCGGUGGGUGCCCACAAUGCCUUGGUUGACACCAAGAACGCCAUGGGGGGUGCCCACAAUGCCUCGGUGGGUGCCCACAAUGCUUCUGUUGGCACCAAGAAUGCCUUGUUGGGUGUCCACAGCACCUUCUUGGGUGCCCACAAUGCUUCAGUUGGUACCAAGACUGCCUCGUUGGGUGCCCAAAGCACCACAGUCAGUGUCCACAGUGCUUUGGUCACUGCCAAUCUCGCCUCAGUGGGCACUCACAGCACCUCAGUGGGUACCCAUAAUGCUUCGGUUGGCACCAACAACGUCUCGGUGGGUGCCCACAAUGCCUUGGUUGACACCAAGAACGCCAUGGGGGGUGCCCACAAUGCCUCGGUGGGUGCCCACAAUGCUUCUGUUGGCACCAAGAAUGCCUUGUUGGGUGUCCACAGCACCUUCUUGGGUGCCCACAAUGCUUCUGUUGGCACCAAGAAUGCCUUGUUGGGUGUCCACAGCACCUUCUUGGGUGCCCACAAUGCUUCAGUUGGUACCAAGACUGCCUCGUUGGGUGCCCAAAGCACCACAGUCAGUGCCCACAGUGCUUUGGUCACUGCCAAUCUCACCUCGGUGGGCACUCACAGCACCUCAGUGGGUGCCCAUAAUGCUUCGGUUGGCACCAACAACGCCUCGGUGGGUGCCCACAAUGCCUUGGUUGACACCAAGAACACCUUGGGGGGUACCCACAAUGCCUCGGUGGGUACCCAGAGCACCUCAGUUGGUGCCCACAAGGCUGUGGUUGGCACCAGCAAUGCUUUAGUGGGUGCCCACGGCGCUCUGGUCAGUGCCCACAAUAUCUCACUGGGUGCCAAUCACACCUUGGUGGGCACGCUCAACACCUCCAUGGGCAUCCACAAUGGUUUGGUUGGCACUAAGAAUGCCUUGUUGGGUGCCCACAAUGCCUCGGCUGGCACCGAGAAAGUCUCGUUGGGUGCUCACAAUGCCUCGGCUGGCACCGAGAAAGUCUCGUUGGGUGCCCACAAUGCCUCGGCUGGCACCGAGAAAGUCUCGUUGGGUGCCCACAAUGCUUUGGUUGGCACCAAGUAUGCCUCAGUGGGUGCCCACAAUGCUUCGGUUGGCACCAGGAAUGCCUCAGUGGGUGCCCAGAAUGCUUCAGUUGGCACCAAGAAUGCCUCAUUGGGUGCCCAUAGCUCCUCAGUGGGCACCCACAAUGCUUUGGUUGACACCAAGAAUGCCUCGUUGGGUGCCUGCAAUGCCUCAGCUGGCACCAAGAAUGCCUUGGUGGGUGCUCACUGCACUUUGGUGGGAACCCUUGAUGCCUCGGUGGACACCAACAAUGCCUCGGUGGGUGACCGCAGCACCGUGGUGGGCAUUCACCACACCUCGAUGGGUAUCCACAACGCCUCAGUGGGCACCAACAGCACCUUGGCGGGUGCCCCCAGUGCCCCGAUUGGUUCCCGCAAUGCCUUGGUGCGUGCCAACAACACCUCGGUGGCCACCAAUGCCUCUGUGAACAGUACAGAAGAAACACCGCUCACCUGCCAGAGCUUUCAGUGCUCUGGGGAGCGGUGUUACCAGGAUGAAGCCCAUGCCAACAAGACGAUGACCUGCCGUAAUGAGACCUUCUGCGAGCUCUAUCGCUUCUCCAGCACCAACUACACAGCCCGGUGCAGCAGCGCGUGCGGCACGGAGAUGUGUAGGACCAACAGCAGCGUGAGCACUCAACACUGCGUCCUGGACUGCUGCAAAUCCCACCUCUGCCUGCAGCUCAACGCCAGCUCCUACGGUGACCUGCCGCUCUCCACCACGCCGCCGAGCACCACCACCCCUCGACCUCCUCCCCGAAAUGAGAAGGUGUGCACAGCAUUCUCCUGUCACGGUGAAGGAUGUUUCAAAGGCAAGAAGACUCUUGGUAGAUGCAUUGUUGGACAGGACUUCUGUGAGAUGAAGAAAACGGGCUUAAAUUAUGUGGCGGGAUGUAGCAAAACCUGCAAGGCUGCCAAACCAGUCUGUAGCAGUGGGGUGAAGACUGCCUGUUACCAGGAGUGCUGCCAAGCGACCCUGAAAGCAAGCUGUCUGAAACUGGAUGGCAAAGUUCACGUCAACGGUGCUGGGCAGCUGGCUCCAACCCCUCUCCUGAAGCUCAUUGCGUGUGGGGUGGUCCUGCUCCUGAAUUACAGGGUCUCAGUUUCCCUCUGGGGGUAAGCAGCAGUCCAGGUGCUCCGCAGCAGAGCUCCACAGCGCUCUUUAGGAUCCCUGUCUCUCUCUGACUUCAGCCAAGGCUGCUCUCUCUUCCAUCCCUCUCCUAGGAACAAGGUGGCCCAGGCGCAGGUGGCCUCUUCUCCACCUCUGUUGGUGCCUCCAGCCCACAGGAUGACCCCAACCUCUGCACCAAACGCAGCAGCAAUGCCUGCAGGCUGCUGAUGGGCCCUUUGCUCUGCUCGUGUAGUCCUGCAGCGCAGCAUUCCUAGUUUGAGAAGAUGCUGUGGGCAUCUGCUCAGAUGCUCUGCUUGAGAACUCCUCCCAUUUUUGAGCUGCUCAGGUCCUGACCGUGUGUGGCUGUGGGGCUCCCUUGGCGUGGUGAGAGUGCUCGGCUUCAUCCCGCUGGCUGCUCACAGCCAAGACAUUGGUUCUCUGCGUGAGCUCCUGCAGAGCAGGGGAGAUCUGAGCAGCUUCCCUGUGGGAUGCCCCCUCUAUGGGAUGCUCUCUGUUUUCCACCUGCUUCCCAGUCUCAGUUCAAGCCUCUUCUGGGUGGUUACAACUGGAAAGGAUGAAUCUGAUGCAAAAGAGAGGCACUGGGGCUUCGUGAGCCCCAAUAUUGCAUACCAGGGACACUGAAGCACGUGGCAAAAUCCAGGUCUCCUUUUGCGCUCCUCUCCUGGGUGGCUGGUUAGGCAGGAAAGCCCUUCCAUUAGCACACUGCAGUAGCAGUUUUCCUCCUCAUCUUUCCAGCAGCAUCUCCAGCAGUGGCCCCGAGGGCUCGGGGGGUGGCAGGGUACAAGUCACUGCCUGGCCAGCUGAGUUGCUGUAGGUGUUCCUGAAGCCAAUGCAAGAAAACCUUCUUCCCCCUGGGCUCCUCAUGCAGCUUGGCAGCACAACCAGCAGAGAGGGCCACCACCGCUGCAUCUGGUCUGCUGUUGGGCAGCUACGCUUGCCUGGAUUCACUCCGCUUGGCUCCGUAGCUGCCCUGCACAGGACCUUGCUGCAGCUCUCAAGUCCCACCUCUCAUCACUUAAAUCCUGCAGCUUCCCAGGACUGGUGAAUCCUGGCUCCUGGUCGGUGUCCUACAUUUCAGUGAAUUGGAAAUACUUCGAAUCGAGGCUUCCCCAGCGUAGCAGCAGGAAAAACACCUGAUCCAUGCACCAUGGAAGCUACGCAGGGGUAUUCCACCCUGCCCAAACUUGUCUCCUUCUGAGAUAGUUAGGAUUUCCAAGAGCUCCUACAGCGUGUGCCCCUUGUGGAUGCUGGGAUUGGGAACAAGAGGGUGUUAAGCCUGCUUCAAAAUCCCAAAGUUCUUCCUUGGCUGAAGGCAAAGGGUCUUCUGGAAUCACUGAGCUGCUUGUGGCACAGCCUGUCUGGGAACCCUCUUGCUCUGUAGUUUAAAGCUGUGCUGGUACUAAAAUCUCUCUUGCCCGGGUAGGGAAAACUCUAUGCUUUAUGGAAUAGAAUUAUAGAAUAGUUUGGGUUGGAAGGGAUCUUAAAGCCCAUCCCGUUCCAACCCCCUGCCAUGGGCAGGGACACCUCCCACUGGAUCAGGCUGCCCAAGGUCCCAUCCAGCCUGGCCUGGAACCCCUCCAGGGAUGGGGCAGCCACAGCUUCCCUGGGCAACCUGUUUCAUCUCCCUUUCUUAGGCAGGAAAAUGGGAUUAAUCUAAAAGUGUCUUAUGUUUUGGAUGAUCCUGUAUCGCAGCUGUGAAUCUUUACUGCUAGGGGUAGAGCAGAGCUGUGAGCAUUGUAACGUGAACCCCAUCCCGGUGCUCCCCUUGCCUCCUCUUGCAUCCCACGGAGCUGGUGUGUAGGAUUCGCCGUUGCGGAUGCGCUGCCGAGCGUG